UCGCCAGUGGCAUGCCCACAUGGUCAACUCAAAUCAGCCUUUGUACACAAGCCCGUUUUCUUGUGAAUAUAAGCCAGCGUUAAAGCGGGAACCGACUUUUUAGUAAGAUCAGAAAGUAAAUUUUAAAUAUAAUUUGAAUGUUGAAGUAUUAUGGCUAGCAUUAUGUUUUCUCCACCAAAUACACCCCCUCAUAUAUUCGCUGAGCACACAUAUCCUUUGUAUUCUUCGAAUUCAACACUAGACAACCCAGAUUUGGAUGCUGUUCAAACUCUACUUUAUAUGAGCAAACAUCAAUCUAUACAUCAUUACAAAAUAAAUAAUACAGAGCAACAACAUCAUGGGAAUCUCACACCAUCUCAUUCAGAAGAUGAGCUAGAAGAUAUCACUCCGAAAACUCCUCUUCAAGAAUCGGAAUUAGCUAGGCUUCUUCUUACAAACACUCCACCAUCAACACCAGUUCCUCCAAUUACGGGAAUGCCAGUUUCAGUCAUUGUUAAGGCACCUCCAAGCAAGUCCACCUGUGCAUUUACAAAAACUGUUCAGACUGAUAGUGUUAUUUCUUCAUCACAAACUGUAAAUAUAUCUAAAAACAAACAACUAAAGGAACUUAACCCCUCACCUGUGCCUCAAAUACGUAAUUCUCUACCAACUGUUUAUACUAAAGUAACUCCUGUUGCAACUGUGCUUCCUAUUAGAGCCAUAGAUAGUAGUCCUUACUCUAAUACUUAUGUCACACAAUCUACAAAACCUGUGGCUAUCGCACCAAAAAUCUCUACUUCAACAGUUAUAAUUCCUGCUGUUGCUAACUGUUCACCUGCUCAAUCUCAGACUCUAAUUUUUACCCAUGUUCCUCAAACACAUAGUUCAAAUAUGUUGUCUACUUCUUCAACAACAUCACCUGUGAUGCAAUUAGUUGUUACGUCUUCACCAUCUCUUGUGACGAAUGUGAUAUCGUGUUCUGCUAAGGAACGGCAGAGGCUGAUUGCUCCCGCACCUCUCUUGUUGACCAGGACAUCAAAAGCUUCUGAAGAUACUCGCAAAAGAACAUACCAGUGUACUUAUCCAAACUGCAAGAAGACUUAUUUCAAAAGUUCCCACCUGAAAGCUCAUUUUAGAACCCACACAGGUGAGAAACCUUUUGCUUGCACUUGGGCCAACUGCAAUAGAAAAUUUUCCAGAUCUGAUGAGUUAUCACGACAUAAGCGCACACAUACCGGAGAAAAAAAGUUUGUCUGCAAUGUUUGUAGCAGGAAGUUCAUGAGAAGUGACCACUUGGCAAAACAUGUUAAACGUCAUUCAACUGGAAGAUUAACUAAUAUAAAAUACUCUAAAGACAUUGCUCAAAAAUCAGAUUUACGAGCUGAUAUCAUUCAAAACCAUUGUUCUCUUUCCAUUGCACCCUCAGUUUUGCAAGUCAUUAUACCUGCAGCUCACUGAAGACUCUUACUCAUGUGAACUAUUUAUUGUAAUCAUCAAAUUCAUUGUUAUUUAAUUUCAUUACUUGUAAAUAUUUACUGUAUACCAAUGAGCUUAAACAGUGAUGUUUGAAUUGAAAUCAUUUAAUGUCUUGCAGUGUCGUUUUAAUCGUGUGAAUAAAUAACUUUUCAAUAUUUUAUAUGAAAUUAUAAUGGCUUAUUACUCAAAAAUCUGAAUAGAUUUUUCUCUCAUAUUUAGUUCAUUUAACGUUAUAUAGUAGUAUAUGUAAUUAUGCAUUUUUAUUCAUCCCUUAAAAAAUUAAGAAAAUAUAGUUGUGUGAAAUUAAAUUGAAUGAUGCAGAUCUGCUUUAUUUUACCUCUAUCGAAGAUACUAAAAUAGACAACAGGAAUAAGAAGUGGACUAGACCUAUACCGCAAGAUUUUAUCUUAACUUUUAUUUUUAAAUUGGGAAAAAAGCUUGUAUGAUUUUAAGGAAUAUGAAUUUUUGGAAAAUAACUUAAAAAUGCAUAUAUCCAUCUCAAUCAUAUUGUACUCUUUGAAAAGAUACUAAUAAUAUAUUUAGAAUAUUAGCUUUGUUUAAAAUACAACUUUUAUUAUCAUUAAAUUUAAAAUAAUUUGAAUGCAUCUUUACUUCAGCACUGUUGUAUUUAGAUAUUUACAAUUCCUUUUAUGUCUUAUUCUUAUAUACUCUUAUCAUAAAUGUAUCCUGUAUUUUAAAAUUGUACUUAGCUCUUAUGAUAGCUAUCUUGGUGAUCUGAAAUAUAAGAUUAUUAAAUUAACAUAUAAAUGACACUUCCAUACUUCUUAACAUUAAAAUAAGUUACACAAAUUUUGAAGAAAAAAAUUAAGUUCCACUUAAUGGUUAUUUUAAAUUUUUCAAUAUAAUAACUACAUUUAGAAGUUUAUUAAAUAUGUGCAGAAAUUUUUGAAGCUAUAAAAUCUGAAGUCAAUACCAAAUUGAAUGUUCUUCAUACAAGUCAAAAACAUUUUAAUGUAUCUUAAGUUAAAAAGUAAUAUCUCCUAAAAGAAUUUUUUUAUAAAUUGAAGUAACAUCAAAAUUGCUGUUUAUCAAAUAAUUUUUUUUUAAAAAAUUCUUGUAUAUCACAUAGCUAAACUGAUUGUCUUAGAUUUGUAUGUUUUGACUUUUAAAUUUCUAAAUAUUUUAUGAAAUUUUUUAUCCAUGGAUUGAUUAUACUUCUUUAGUAAUGCAGUCAUUCAUAAUCUUAUUUUUUUUUCUAUUAUAUAAAUGAUGUUCUUCCAAUUCUAUAUGUUUUCAUAAUUACUGAAAUGAAAAUUGUUAUUGUGUAUUUGUAGAGUAUCACUUAACUGUAGUUAUCAAAAAUAAUAAAAAUAUUUAUUUAUAAAUUUAAAAA